AUGAUAUUCGGACCCGCUUACGCGCUUGGAACAACACUUACUAUGGCCACCUACUAUACCACGCGUGACCGAAACAUCCUAUCAAAGUCACAAGCAGAGCUAGGGGGGAUAUGGCCCGAAAAUCAAAAAGAAUGCCCACCCUGGAUCGAUUUGCAAAAGCUGCCGUACCUCACUGCUGUGAUCAAGGAAACGUUGCGCAUGGCUGGAGGGGUCUCCACGAGUGUUCCUCGAAUCACACCGCUCGGUGGGAUGCAGAUAGCCGGGCUUCAUGUUCCGCAAGGUAUCACGGUAUCGAGCAGUAGCUAUUUCUCUAACCAUGAUGAGAAGAUCUUCAAAAACCCACAUGCAUUUUGCCCCGAAAGAUGGAUAACAGGUGGCAAGGAAAUGCAAAAAUGGGAUCUGACGUUCUCAGUCGGACCAAGACAGUGCCCCGCUAUCAGGUAA